CAACCUGUAGUGUACAGUAAGAUGACCAACAGCACCACUCGAACAAGAAGCAGUGCUGGCUCAUUAUUUUCAAGAAGACCAUUUCAACUCAAAAUUCACAAUGGCAAGUUGGCGCAGCUUCAAGCGUGGGUGCUUCUUCAUGAGAACAUCGAAACUGGCGGAGACCUUUUUGGUCUGUGGUCAACAGACAACACUGCCGUUGUGCAUCUGGUUCUUGGACCUGGGGAACACAGCAGACGUACUCCAACGUCAUUUUUUCAAGAUGCUGAGUAUCUGAAAGAAAAAAGGUCGCCAACUGACACAGAAAUAUGGUCUUUGUCAUAUUGGGGAGUGGCACUCUCAUCACACUUUGGAUCUGGCAAAGCCUAACUCGAAAGACGAAAGCACAAUAUGGGGUCUUAUGCCUAGCAACGGGUUUAAGCGUUUUAUUGUAUGCAUUGCCAACAUCGACCGUGGCGAGAGCAGCAAAAGUCACGCCUACCGCCCAAGCAUUGGACGAGAGAACUGUGUAGGCCUGGUCUGCUUCCUGUAUGAGGUGAAGGAUACCGUUACUUGGGAACGGCGCGACAUGUUGCAGGGCUCGUUUUCGGUAAUCGAUGGUCAAAGUGUCUACAGAAAGUCGCGAGCACUCCAUCAGACGAUAAGCGUAGGCGCUGAAAGUGUUCACUCUCCACAUGAAGUCAACGUCAAAGAACAGAUGUCAAUAUCGCGCGGCUGGGACGUCACAAAGACGGGAAACAGCAUAGUUCUAUAUAGCAAAUCACGAUCCACUUCACUCAAUUAUGAUCAUCACACAGCAAUUAAUCGAAGUUUUCGUGAUCUCACUAGCGUUUCAAAGUCUGGUAUCGCACCUGUUAGCGACACCAGUAGUAGGACUGGAACUCCUAGCCAAACAAUUCGAACUUCGCAUGGUGGUGGAGGCAGAAGUCUAGCAACUGUCGAGAGCGCAAAGCCCACUUCAAGAAUGAGGCCCCAAACCCCAAGUGGGACGAGCAGCAGAGCACUCCGAGGUUCCGGGAGUAACCGUCAGGCUGUUACAAGCAUAAGAGAAACACUGAAAACUGUAGGUGCACCAUUGUGGGACGUAAUUUUACCCUCUCACCAGUCGCUUCUUGAGAAUCUGGCUCAUAAUCUAAGUGGAGAUUUGAUCAAAGAACUUGAUGCCGUCACUAUUCAUUUCAAAGUGAGUGUGCCAAGCAAGUACGAUCUCGCGUGUAAACUCGUCUGUCACGACGACAGAGGACAUACCUUGAAACUGUACACUAGUGGGCUAGCUAGCACUCCAACACUUACCAUUGACCUAAACAGACAAAGAGCUAACCUAGCUGCUAACACAAUUUUUGAAAGAGUACUAAAGACUGUUGCAGGUGUAACAGCAAAGAUGCCUGCUAGAAAUCAAGUCAUUUCAGCAGCUGUAUCAGGACAGAACCCUCAAACCCAUGAGAAACAAAAUACUUCCAGCUCGUUGACAAACAGCUAGGAUGGGGACCAAUUCACGGUAUGGCGAUCCAAAUUAUUCCAGAGAACCUAGAAACAAUCGCAAGACAGACUUGGAAAGUAAACUCCGAUGGAACAAAUACAUGGUCCGUAAUAUAAAUAUACUAUAGCUUAUGUUUCUACCUAGCUGCUGUUUCCCAUUAUCUUGCAAUGAUCUCCGCUAA